AUAGAUAGAUAGAUAGAUAGAUACCACCGUAUUAUAUAUAUUUAUUUAUAUAUAUAAAGAGAUAUGUCACCCAGACGAUGUUGUCCACCUUAAUUGCCUUCUCCUAUUUUUCUUCUUCCGAUCGACCCUCGCCGGAAUAUGCUCUUCUUCUCCGAUAAGUUUCCCAAAUCCAAAAGCUUCAGAGCUCCUGCUCUUCCACCUCUUCUGUCCUCCACAAUAAUUUUACAGUAAUCGAUACACACAUAUAUAUAUAUAGAGAGAGAGAGUAUAUGGAAAGCACCGAUUCUUCCGGCGGGUCGCAGCAGCCGCAGCUGCCGCCGGGGUUCCGCUUCCACCCUACCGACGAGGAGCUGGUGGUGCACUAUCUUAAGAAGAAGGCGGCGUCGGCGCCUCUCCCUGUCGCCAUCAUAGCUGAAGUCGAUCUCUACAAAUUCGAUCCUUGGGAAUUGCCAGCAAAGGCUACAUUCGGAGAGCAGGAAUGGUACUUUUUCAGCCCUAGAGACCGGAAGUAUCCCAACGGCGCCCGGCCGAACCGGGCGGCCACGUCGGGAUACUGGAAGGCUACCGGAACCGACAAACCGGUUCUGACGGCGGGAGGAACUCAGAAGGUCGGGGUGAAGAAGGCGCUGGUUUUCUACGGCGGGAAGCCGCCGAAAGGAGUCAAAACUAAUUGGAUUAUGCACGAGUAUCGGCUAUCGGAAAACAAAUCCGGCGGCGGCGGAAAGCCGCCGGGAUGCGACGUCGUUCCGAACAAGAAGGGAUCUUUACGGUUGGAUGAUUGGGUUCUGUGCCGGAUUUAUAAAAAGAACAACUCGUUGCAGCGGCCGAUGGACCACCGCGACGGCCGCGGCGACGACAUGACGGAGUUGGUCGGCGCAAUUCCGCCGGGGCUGUCAAUGCUGCAGCCGAUGGCGCAGCAGAAGCUUCUAAAGGCGGCGGCGGCGGGGAGCAACUACGGCCCGUUAAUGGAGGUCGAACAUCAGAAUUUGUAUGACGGAAUGAUGGGUGGUAAUUCGAUGGCUUCUCAUCAUUUAUUUCCGCCGGGCGGCGGCGGCGGAUCGAAGGUAUCUCUUCCGCUGCCGCAUAUGGCUUCUGCAGACGGUAAUCUCCUCCCCGCGGGAAAAAGACCGCUGCCGAAUUUAUACUGGAGCGAGGAAGAUCAGAACGAGAAUUCUCCGUCGACGAAGCGGUUUCUCGUAGACGGCGGCGGCGGCGGCGGUGGUCCGGAGACGACGAAUUCGAUAGCCAGAAUGCUGAGCCAGAUGCCGCCGCAAACGCCGUCUCUGCAGGAGCAGCCGAUGCUGGGAAGCCUUGGGGAUGGGGUUUUCCGGCAGCAAGCGCCGCCGUAUCAUCAAGUCUCCGGCGUGAAUUGGUACGCUUGAAUUAAUUAAUUAUUGUUUAAUUAUCCAAGUUUUUAUACAAUUAAAGGAAUUUUUAUCUGUAAUUUAUUGGUCACCACGACAAUUUAUUAUUACUACACACACAUAUGUAUAUGUAUGUAUGUAUGAUGUAUGUAUAUCCUUUGGGGUUUGGAGAUUUUUGUUGCCAGGAAAGAAUAGACGACACGAAGAUUUCUCCGGUGAUUA